UCUCUCUCUCUUUCUCUCUCUCACAGAAAAGAUGGAUAGGAAUAGACCGAGCAACUCAUCCCAAGAUGUUGAAGUGAGAAAAGGGCCAUGGACCAUGGAAGAAGAUAUGAUUCUGAUCAAUUAUAUUGCAAAUCAUGGUGAAGGCGUAUGGAACACCCUAGCCAAAUCUGCUGGUCUAAAACGUACCGGAAAGAGUUGCCGGCUCCGAUGGCUAAACUAUCUCCGACCUGACGUUCGGAGAGGUAAUAUUACAGCUGAGGAAGAGCUCUUGAUUGUGGAACUGCAUUCCAAGUGGGGAAACAGGUGGUCAAAAAUUGCAAAGCAUCUGCCUGGAAGAACUGACAACGAAAUAAAGAAUUACUGGAGGACUAAAAUCCAAAAGCAUAUUAAGCAAGCUGAAGAGAAUUUAUAUGGACAGACUUCUGAUCAUCAGGUGAAUGAGCAAGCAAGCUCAAGCCAAGCUUCUAGCAUGAAUAUUGAUCCCAUGGAAGCCUACUCUCCACCAAUAUCAAUAUAUCAAAGAAAUAUGGAGCCUAUUUUCCCAGCCCCUUUACCCGCCGCUGAAUCCAAUGACAGCUAUUGGAACAUGGAGGACAUCUGGUCUAUGCAACUACUUAAUGGGGAUUCAAUACAAUGAUAAUAUAUAUGGUCCAAAUUAUAAUA